CUGGUGUUCUCACAGGAGACGUGGUGCUAGGUGUGAUGGCUAUUUUGCGUUAGUACUUGUGCAGACAGGAGAGAGUUGGAGACAGUUCUAUUGUGGGACUCGCAGGGAAUGGCAAACUACACGGUAUCCUUGGAAACAUACGACUAAUGACGAUGGCUGAGGCAAUCUGCUGCACUUUGGUCAACUGUAACUGUGACAGCUUCAAGCCCGGCAAGCUGAAGAGGAGACAGUGUGAGAACUGCAAACAUGGCUGGGUAGCACACGCCUUGAGCAAACUGAAGGUGCACCAUAUGUACCAGAGCAGCCAAGUAGAGAUCGUCCACUCCAAUGUGGUGUUCGAUAUCUGCAGCCUGAUGUUAUACGGCACCCAGGCCAUCCCUGUCCGCCUCAAGAUCCUCCUGGAUCGCCUCUUCUCUGUCCUCAAGCAGGAAGAGGUCAUCCAGAUCCUCAAUGCCCUGGACUGGACCCUGCAGGACUACAUACGGGGAUAUGUGCUGCAGGACGUGGCGGGGAAGGUGUUGGACCGCUGGGCCAUCAUGACAUUCGAGGAGGAGAUCGCCACCCUGCAGCAGUUCCUGCGCUUUGGUGAGACCAAGUCCAUUGUGGAGCUGAUGGCACUGCAGGACAAGGAGAGCCAGGCAGUAUUGGUGCCAAGCAGCCGCACAAACUCAGAUAUCCGCACCUUCAUCGAGCGCAGCACACCGCGCCCUGCCGGUACCAACCUCCCUGUUCCAAAGGUGGAGAAACUGAGUGGGAACAACAACGUGCACCACUUUGAGAACUUCAUCAAUAGCAUGGCCUUCAUGCUGCCCUUCCAGCUGCUGGGAUCCGUUCCUGCCCCCCUCCUGGGCUCACCACCAGGGGCGCUACAGCAUCAACAUCACCAGCAGCCGAGCCAUGGGCAGAUGGAGCACCAGAGUCAAAGACGAGACGACCAGGGGCAGGACGUGCAUGGGAGGGAUAACCCCCUCUCUCUGCCCCACCCACCAACAGAAAGCAGCCUAUUGGGGUCAAGCUCCGCCUCCUUUACGUCUGACCUGGACAGAGGCGGAGAUAACCUGAUGGACAGCCUCUCCACCACCACAAAGAUGGAGGCCGAGGACUUCCCCACCAGCGACAACUAUUCUGACGGUCCCUCCACACCCUGCACACCCUCCAUGAGCUCCGAGAUUACACAGAUGUCCCCCGAGGGCAAGCUGCGCUCCUUGGAGAGGAAUGGGGGUGGUGGUGGGAGUGGAGGAGGGGGUUCUCUGAAGAAGGGCCGCGUAUUCUGCAGCGCCUGCGAGAAGACUUUCUAUGAUAAGGGCACGCUGAAGAUCCACUACAAUGCUGUGCACCUGAAGAUCAAGCACAAAUGCACCAUCGAGGGCUGCAACAUGGUGUUCAGCUCGCUGCGCAGCCGAAAUCGCCACAGUGCCAACCCCAACCCGCGCCUGCACAUGCCCAUGAACCGCAACAACCGGGAUAAAGACCUACGGGGCAAUCUGUCCACUGACGAGGGCUCUGAGGGGGAUAAAAGGCCAGAAUACAGCUCUUCCCUCCCUGUGUCCUCAACGGAGAGCCACAGGUCAGUGCCCAGCUACAUGGUAAGCCAUGUGGACACUGGCUCCAAGCUCCACACCAGCUCCUUCCCCACUAUGGGCCAGAGUGGCAUCCUCUUCCCCAACCUGAAGACGGUGCAGCCGGUCCUGCCUUUUUACCGAAGCCUGGUUACCCCAGCUGAGCUGGCCAACACCCCAGGCACCCUUCCCUCCCUUCCCCUGCUCUCAUCCUCUGUGCCCCUCAAGCCCAGCACAACCCUAGAGCCUUGCUUGACAGACCCGAUACCAAAGAAGAAGUCUCGAAAAUCCAGCAUGCCCAUCAAGAUUGAGAAGGAGGCUGUGGAGAGAGAGGAGGGUUUGGAUAAAGGAAGUAGCUCUGAGGACGAAGCUCAUCUGCAGGGCAGAGACCGAGAAGAGGGUGAAAGUAAGUAUGGGGAAGGGCAUUCAUGCACGAGGCAGGUGAGAGAGGAGAGGGAGGAGAGGGGCAUCUACAACGGUGGAGAGAGAGAGAGCAGUAAGCAGCUGUCGGACAAAAGUUUGGACAAGGAGAUGAUGGGGAGGGAGACACAGGGUGAGGAGGAGGAGAAGGAGGGGCCAUGGCAAGUUGAACCAGGGGUCAUCACCUGUGCGUCUUCCCCCUUCGAAAACAAACUCAGAGAAAGCCACUCCCUCCAUCACAGCAGAGAGCACACAGACAACCACCGCCCUCACUGCCGGGAGCCAGAUGAGAACGAGGAACGGGAGGUCGGGGAGCGUGUCAACCCGCUGCAUACAUCGGACAAGCUGCUCGAGUUGGAGUGGGAGGAAGGCGAGCGCAGAGUGACUAACGGAGCCGUGUUCCAAGUCACAGAGCAGGACAAGGAGGGCCCAGAGGCCUGCGUUGAUGAUUAUGACAACUCAGGACUCUCUCACCUUGACCCUGACUCUGACUUGCCACACCACUGUGAAAUCUGCAGCAAGACCUUUAAGAAUGCUUACAGCGUCAAGAUGCACUACCGAAAUGUCCACCUGAAGGAAAUGCACAUGUGCACAGUAGACGGCUGCAACGCCGCCUUCCCCUCACGAAGGAGCCGAGACAGACACAGUGCAAAUUUGAACCUGCACCACAAGCUGCUGACCAAAGACACAUAUGUUCCAGCCAACUCCCUGUGCUCCCCAUCCUACCACUGCAGAGAUAGGGACUCCGCAGGCCUGGACUGCUGCCAGGAGCAAAGGGAGCGAGACCAGAGAGACCCCACGGGACAGACUUCCAUCAUUUACCGGGGACACAACCGUAUGGGCCUCGUCUUUCCCAUGAGCAAGAUGGCCAGCAAGCUGGAGAACUCUGAAAUGUCUCCCCUCAGAGAAACGGUGGGAAUUGGAAGAGUGGGAGAAGGGGGAGGAGAAGAUGGGGCAGUCCUGGACCUGAGCACCUCCUCUUCGGCACCUGCCCGCAGCGGGGGCAGUGCCCGCUCCUCUUGGGAUUCAGACGGCGCUGGCAGCGAGGAAGGAGAGCCGCUGGAGGAAGAGGAGUCUCUCCCCAUGGGGGACAGUGAUGAGAGCUGCGACGGGAUUGCCGUAGUAAGGCCAGGUGAUGAAGACUUGGGCCUUGGGGGUGAGAGGACCCUGGGCUGCACCGGGGCAGGACAGGGGGGGCUUCAGGGAGGUAGUGCAGGAUCCCCGAUCACCUGCCACGUCUGCCAAAAGGUGUACAGCAACAAGGGCACGUUCAGAGCCCACUACAAGACUGUCCACCUGCGACUGCUCCACAAGUGUAAGGUCCCUGGUUGCGACACGUCCUUCUCCUCAGUGCGGAGCAGGAAUAGACAUAGCCAGAACCCAAACCUACACAGGAACCUAGCUGUUGGCUCUGGAAGUAAUCUGGACCAGGAGUAGGAUAGACUGAACUUCAUAUAAUAUGCCAACACGACUGAUUUUCCCCUAUUGUACUUGUCUCUCGUUGGGUUUUUUUGUUUGUCUGUGGAUGAAAACAGGCUUUCUACUCAGCACUUUUGAAUACCAUACUGUAGUCAAUACUGUCCAGAACAAGUUAAUGUAGUGUUGAGUGAGAUUUGAAUUUAGGCCAUCAAUAGCUCUUUUGUCACGGCAAAUUCUGCCAGAAAUGCUUUUGGAACUAACGGAAGAGUUACGUCCAGUCAUUUUUCCAUUUCCCUAUAAUAUUUAUUGGACAUCUUGUCUGAAUUUACGAAUAGUAAACUAAAAUAGUUUCCUCAUGUCUUAGCAACAAAUGGUGGAAUGCUAAAAGUGAUGGAAUGCUACGUCUGUGUGUACACAUCAAUAGUGAAGAGCAGUGUAAAGAUAUUGAUGACUAGAAACAUACCUGUUCCUCGCACCCAAAAUGAUUGAGCAUUCAAAAAGCAUGCCUGAAAUAUCUCUAAAAUGUUACACCUCAGUCUAUCCCCGCGUAUCUUUAUUUCUAUGCAGUAAUGUUUUUUUGCCAUUGCUUUGGCCUUGCAGUCCUCUUUUAAAAAACAUUUCAAAAGAACUGUCAGUUUCCC